GCCGCAGAACCGACUACAGACUGACUUCGAGGCUCAGCCGCGUUGCUGUGUUCUCAUUGGAAUCGCUGCUUAUUAAAUUCGUCCGGCUUGCUCUCUUGGUCUCCACCCCUCUGCAUUUGUCUUUCGCCAUGACUUUUCUUGAAGCGAAUCCUAUCCAGCUGCAGAACGCCCCCGGCAACGCAGCUCCCCUCUUUCUUAUUCACGAUGGUGGAGGCACGAUUUUCAAUUAUUUCAUGUUGGGCGAUCUCGGCCGCAGCGUCUACGGUAUCCAUGACCCCAAAUUCGAGAGCGAUGACGGCUGGGCAGGCGGAAUUGCAGAGAUGGCGCAAGAAUACAUCACAUUCAUCCGGACGGUGAGGAAAAAGGGACCGAUUGUUCUUGGGGGCUGGUCGUUGGGCGGCCUUGUGUCUCUCCAGAUUGCGCGGCAGUUGGACGACGAGCGGCGGCACACCGAGCAUGGCACCCAACCUCUUUUCGCCGCCGGCAUCAUCCUCGUCGAUAGCCCGUAUACGCCGCCAUGGCGAGAGUACCGCGACCGUUUUGUCAAUUUCAAACCAGAAUUUCCGAGCUGGACUCCCCAGUCGGUGCGCAAAAACGUCAUGCGACGAUUUGAAGUCUGCGAUGAACUCAUAGGCAACUGGGAACCUCCACGCUGGAGUGCCCAUGUAGAUGAGAAUGGAGGUGAGAGCACUCUGCAGGGUAAUGGCUCAGGUCAGCGAGUACGACCAGUAUCGUCAUGUCCACCCGUUGUGCUUCUCAAAGCCACGGCACGCGUACCGCUGCCGAAGUCGAGGCCAGACGGACUUCUUGAUGUAGAUAUCAAUCGAGACGAUAAACUACUAGGUUGGGAGCGUUAUGGGGGUGAUUUGUUUCAAACAGUGCACCAUGUUUUUGGGAAUCACUUCGACUUGUUUGAUCAAGAUGACAGGGUCAAAGCAAUCACGAAUAUUUUGAAGGACACAUGCGCAAAAUGGGAGAGAUCCGGUUUCUAAGGUCGACUAAGUCGGACGGUCGAUGCAUUGGUUACUCGUCGCCCAUAGCAGUUUUCGGGACCGACGAACACCUUGGUGGCUGCAAAUUUUCUCUCUCUUAAUUAAAUAAGCGAAUUUCUCG